AUGUCGGAAACGAAGAAGCGACCUCAUGCUGCUGACGACGACGAACAAUUACGGCCGAAGAAGCGGGCUGCCAGUGAUGACCACCGUUCAUCCAGUCGGCCAAAUGGUGUCGCUGCGCAUGGUGAUGAACCAACUGACAGCGACAAUCUUGAGACAUUCAGGAAAGAUGCCAUAUUCAGGAGGAUGAAGCAUUAUGCACGAGAAUACGAGAGAAGUGAAGCGAGAGUUGCUGAGCUGGAGCGAAGACGAACUACAUGCGAAGCUGGUUUGGCAGCACUUGAGGCCUCCUGGACACAGUUUCUUGGUACAAUUCGUCUCCUGAUGAAGCCGGACGACCUCAAGCCUCCUGAUGUCGAUACUGAAGAUUUGAUCGACUUGGUAUCGCACGUCUCGGCAGACCCAGACCAACGAUAUGUGGACGCCCUACGAAAGAAGAUGCAGGAAACUUCAGAGCUUGUAGCCGGCUUUGUACGGUUGGCUAGCGAAGUGCAUAUAGCGGCAGUCGAUAAGGAGGCGUACAAGGGAUGUCAAAAGGCGCAGACAGAGGAACGCGACGAAUUUCAUGAAGACCUUGUUGUGGCGGAGAAGAGGUUGGAUCGGUUGCAGAGCAAAAUCGUAGCGGUUGUGGAACGCAAGGAGACACAAGCAGAGACGGAGGCGGAACCAUCCGUCGAGUCGCCGCCCUCCCCAGCACCACAGCCGCAACAACCGGCUUUGAACGGUCACGCCGACGAUACUGGUGAAUGGCGCGCGAUCGCCGAGGUUCGCGAGAAGCAUAUCGGGGCAUUGACGAAAGAGGUGUCAGACCUCAAACGUCAAGUUCUGGACCUGAGAGCAGACUUGCAAUACCCGUCAGAGGAGGUGAUCGCAUCAACUGCCUACUGCAAGACCUUGCUUGUCGAGGCUGAGGUUUUGAGGAAGCGGCAUCAAGCUGACGAGGGCGAACUGCAAGUCCUUCAAAAGGAAUGCGAUUCGUUACAGAAGAGUCGACAGGAACUGCAAGAUUCUGCUGCAGCAGCCUCACAUCAAGGUUUGCAAGAGCUCAGGUCAAUGCUAUCAAAGAGGAACGACGAGAACGCACGACUACGUGAACAGCGAGAUCAACAACAAGCUGAGCUCAGCGAGCGCAAGCACAGGGACCAGGUCAAGUUGAACUCGCUUCACGAGUACAAGCACCUUGCAGAAUCACGCGCAGAGCGUAUCAAAAGCCUCCUGUCAGAGAAUACAAGGCUGAAAACGCGUCUUGCCGCAAACUCUGGCGACGAAGACGUGUUCUCAUUCUUCCUGCAGCUGGAUUCUCAGAUUCUGUCGGUGGACGACGAACACAUACCCUCAUAUUUCGCCGAACUGAAGCAGAGGGCUGCCGUCGCUGAAAGUCGAGUGGCUGCCCUGGAAGCUUCCCUGGCCCAGUUGGAUCAGAAGCAUCCCGAUGUCGGUCGACAUCUGAAGCUUGAGGCAGAAGUGCGAGAGCAGCUUGCGCAAACUCAGCAACAACUGCAAAGGUACCAAAGAGUGUACGGCGUGACAUCAUCAGGCCUCCCUCCUGACGCGCAAGAUCUGGCUGAGCGUUUACGGACGAAGGAAGAUGAGUUGAGGAGAUUACAGCUAUCAGAACAACAGCGCGAGAAGGCCGAGUCGGCGCUAUAUAACGAGUUGGCACAGCUUUCUGCUGCUUGGGAAGGCCUAGAUCGACAGGUCAAGAGUAAACUUCUCGACCUUAGUGGUAUGGAGGAGCGAUUGACAAAGAGCAACCUCGAAGUUUGUACCUCUUCUCAUGCAGUCGAGUUUGCUGUGCUCAUCAAGUUGCAGAAAGUGAAGUCCGACAACAAAUUCUACUCGGCUAUGCGGGACAAGGAGUCGGUGGAGACGGAACGCAAAAACUUGUCGCGUACCAUGGAAAAACAAGCGAAGGUCAUUGAACGCUCUGUUGAGAUCGAGAAGGCUCUGAAAAAACAACUUCACGCCAUGACUUCGGAACGGGACAAUUGGCAGAAGAGAGCCUUGCUGGAGUACAGGGAGAGUCAUGCAGGAACCCGCACCAUCGAUGACUUGCAAAAGCAAGUGAGCACUAUGCAGCAACGCUUGGAAGCUCUGAAGGACAAUGCAUGGGCCAAGGACAAGACUGUGGAGGACAGGGCUGCCGCACUACGCAAAAUGGAGGAGGACGUAGCACGUUCCAAGGCAGAAACAGAGCGUUUGCAGGCGAAGUUAAAAGCGCAAGUAUCAUAUCAGAGCGCUAGUUCGGGCACGAGAGAAGCGCAACUGCAGAGUGAGAUCGAUAAAUGCAUGAACAUGCGGAAUACUGUGAUCACGAAGUGUAUGCACUCGUUCUGCAAGUCAUGUGUGGAGUCGCGGAUAGCCACGCGUCAACGCAAGUGUCCUGCUUGCAACUUAGCAUUCUCUCAAGGAGAGGUCCAGCAACUUUAUUUCCAAUGA